AUGUUCCUGUUCCCAGUGGGACUCGUCUUGAGCGCUCUGCUCACUACCGCCUCUUGCACGCCGGCAUCUACUGGCUUGCAUGUGCUUGGACGCCGGGAUAGUCCUCCGUCUGGCUUCACAUUCGUCGGAGCAGCAUCGCCAGACUCCGUGCUUAAUCUGCGCAUUGCACUGACGCAGAGUGAUCCAGCUGCACUCGAGGAAGCGCUCUAUGACGUUAGCACGCCUUCUAGUUCGAACUACAAGCAGUACCUGAGCAAGGAAGACGUAAGUGCGUUCGUUGCGCCUUCGCCAGAGGCUGUUUCUGCGGUGAACGCGUGGCUCCAAGAGAAUGACAUCACGGCGAAGACCCUGACACCCGCUGGCGAUUGGGUGGAGGUCCAGAUUCCGGUUAGCAAGGCCAAUGAGAUCUUCAACGCAGAUUAUAGUGUCUUCAAGCAUGAGAGUACGGGGAAGCAGACAAUUCGAACGCUGUCGUAUUCUAUCCCUGAGGAACUGACGGAUCACGUCGCCAUCGUUCACCCCACCACGACGUUCGUAUUUCCGACGUAUAAAGCGAGCCUGCCUGCAUUCCGGAAGGUGUCUAGUCGUGCUGCCAAUACCGGCGUGAUCGACACUGCGUCGUCGUGCGCAGACACUAUCACUCCGGCCUGCUUGCAAUCGCUGUACAACCUUCCUUCCACACCUGCUACGCAGACGUCGAACACACUUGGUGUGAGCGGUUUUAGUGACCAGUACGCUAACCAGGCCGACCUUGCGACUUUCUUGGAGACGUACCGCACAGAUAUGUCAUCAGACACCACUUUCACUGUCGAGACGCUUGAUGGCGGUUCUGAUCCACAAGACGGGUCUGAUGCCGGUGACGAAGCUAACCUGGACACGCAGUACACUGUUGGACUCGCAACUGACGUGCCUGUCGUCUUCAUUUCUGUGGGCGAGAACACCAAUGACGGGGACCUCGAUGGCUUCCUAGAUAUCAUCAACUACUUGCUCGCUCAGGACGCUCCCCCACAGGUCUUGACGACCAGCUAUGGUUCAAGUGAAUCUGACGUUCCGAUUGCUAUGGCUGAGAACCUUUGCAAUGCCUACGCUCAACUCGGCGCUCGUGGUGUUUCCAUCUUGUUUGCAUCUGGAGAUGGCGGUGUCUCUGGACCACAGGACAGCCUCUUCUGCUGGGACUUUGUCCCCACAUUCCCCUCCGGGUGUCCUUACCUAACAUCGGUCGGCGCAACCACUGGCAUCAGCCCCGAGACGGCUGCGGACUUCUCAUCUGGCGGCUUCUCCAACUACUGGGGCGUCCCGUCAUAUCAGCAGUCCGCCGUGUCAGGCUAUCUCUCGUACCUCGGUGACACGUACUCUGGGAGAUACAACGCAUCCGGCCGCGGCUACCCUGACGUCUCCGCCCAGGGCGAGAACUUCAACAUCGUCUUGGACCAGGACGUCGAGUCGGUUAGCGGCACAAGCUGCGCGAGCCCCACCUUCGCGUCGGUGAUCGCGCUGCUCAACGACGAGCUUAUCGCGGCGGGCAAGUCGCCCCUCGGCUUCCUGAACCCCUGGCUGUACUCCACCGCUGCAUCCUCUCUGAACGACGUCACCUCGGGCGACAACCCGGGAUGCUUCUCCGAUGGUUUCUCCGCGACCACAGGCUGGGAUCCCGUGACUGGGCUGGGGACUCCUGACUACACAAGCCUUCGUACUGCAGCCGGAUUAUGA